CAUCACCAAUAACCGACCCAUAACAUAAUCGCCAUGACUGCGGCUGUUCGGAGAAUCAUCUUUUAAAUUCUGUUCAAAGAUGAAUAUACAGUUAACCAUCGGCCAGAGAUGAAUAAAUGGUAUGUCAAAAUACUACAAAUUAUCAAUAUAAUUGAAGCUUAAAAAUUGCACCAUGAAUGGACCGUAUAAAACACCUGAAUACCAAACUUUCGCCGCCAAUCUUAAAUCCUGUGCAGCAAACUCCAACGUCAAGCUCGGAAAAAGUCUUCACAGCACUGCAAUCAAGUUAGGUCUACACUCUUGUCUAUUAAUCUCCAAAGCACUGCUGAACAUGUAUGCAAAAUGUAACCUUCUUGAUGAUUGCCAUAAUCUUUUUACUCAAAUAACCCAUCCUGAUGCUGUCACAUGGAACAUUAUAUUAUCUGGUUUAGCGGCUACUCGGGUUAAUGACACAGAGGUUAUUAAAUUGUACAAUGGGUUGAACUUGGGGCAACAGGCUAGUUCGGUUACGGUUGCUAUUGUUUUACCGGUUUGUGUACGGUUGAAGGGGUUGAUGUUAGGGAAGAGUGUUCAUGCGGGUGUGAUAAAGGCGGGUUUGGAGUCACAAACGCUUGUUGGGAAUGCUCUGGUUUCGAUGUAUUUGAAGUUGGGGUGUGUUUCGGGUGAUGCAUGUAAGGUGUUUGAUGAAAUGUCUGAGAGAGAUGUUGUGUCUUGGAAUGCUAUGGUUGCUGGGUUGAUGGAGAACGGGUUGGUUUUUGAAGCAUUUCGGGUGUUUAAACGCAUGGUAAAGGAAGGUAUACAGCCUAAUUAUGCUACAAUCGCGAAUAUUCUGCCUGUUUGCGCUUCGGUUGAAGGUGAUCGUAUGUACCGGUUCGGGAAACAGAUUCAUUGUUAUGCAAUGCGCAGGGAAGAACUCUUUUCUGACAUUUCGGUUGUGAACUCUCUUGUGGGUUUCUACUCAAAAACCGGACGAAUGAAAGAAGCGGAAUUGUUGUUCAGAAGAAUGAAUUCAAGAGAUUUAGUUUCUUGGAAUUCAAUGCUUGCCUGUUAUACCACAAAUCGCGAAUGGUUGAAAGGAUUAAAAUUGUUUCAAGAGUUCAAUUCUCUGAAUUUAACCAAACCCGAUUCCGUCACCAUCCUAACCGUUCUCUCAGCUUGUGCAAAUUUACAAAACUUGCACGCGGGUAAGCAAAUUCAUAGCUAUAUUAUCCAUCAUCCUAGCUUAUGUGACGUUACAUCGGUCGGAAAUUCCCUAAUAAACUUUUACUCAAAAUGCGGUGAUCUGAUAUCCGCUUUUCGAUCUUUCUCAUUAAUACAUAAAAAGGACCUGAUAUCAUGGAACUCAAUACUUGAUGCACUUGCUGACGGUCGGCUUGUAAAAGAUUUUAUUCAGCAGCUACAUAUUAUGUUUAAAGAAGGCGUAAAACCCGACUCCAUAACUAUCGUAAGCGUAGUUCAACUCGGGGCCGAUGCUUCUAAAACGCGUAUGAUUAAAGAAGCUCAUGGUUAUUCACUAAGAUCUAAUCUUCUUUUUGCAAGUAGAGAACCUACUCUUGGUAACGUGCUGAUUGAUGCGUAUGCCAGAUGCGGUAAAAUCGAGUACGCAUCAAAAAUAUUCGAGAGCUUAUCUGGAAAUAGGAAUGUUGUGACGUGUAAUUCGUUAAUAUCCGGAUAUGUAAACAGCGGGUUUCACGAUGAUGCUGAGAUUAUAUUCAAAAACAUGAUUGAAAGAGAUCUAACCACUUGGAAUUUAAUGGUUCGAGCCUAUGCGGAAAACGGUUAUUUUCAUCAAGCCGUUGAUCUGUUUCUCGAUUUGCGGAAUCAUGGAAUGAAACCAGAUUCGAUGACUAUUAUGGGUAUUCUUCCGGUUGCCAAUCAAAUGGCGUCGAUUCAGAUGGUGAAACAGUGUCACGGGUAUGCGGUUAGAUCUUGUUUUCAAGAUGUUCAAUUAAACGGAGCGUUUUUGGAUGCGUAUUCAAAAUGUGGAAACGUAAACUCCGCAUGUAAGCUCUUCGAGUCAACUCGGGUCAAAGACCUGGUUAUGUAUACGUCUAUGGUCGGAGGGUAUGCGGUUCACGGAAUGGGUGAAGAAGCUCUUCGCGUUUAUUAUAAAAUGGUUGAAAACGGCGGAAAACCCGAUCAUGUGAUAAUAACGUCUAUACUAUCUGCUUGUAGCCAUACAGGGUUAGUACGCGAAGGUUUAAAGAUUUUCAACUCUUUAAAUGAUGUUCAUAGGAUUAAACCAACGAUGGAGCAAUACGCUUGCGUGGUGGAUCUUCUUGCACGCAACGGUCGAAUUAACGAUGCGUAUAGGUUUAUUACUAGUAUGCCGGUUGAACCGACUGCGAACGUGUGGGGCCCGUUGUUGGGUGCGUGUAAGAAUUAUCAUGAUGUGGAAAUGGGAAGUGUGGUUGCGGAUCGCUUAUUGAAAAUGGGGGCGAAUAAUAUGGGGGAUUAUGUAGUGAUGUCGAAUAUAUAUGCUGCUAAAGACAAAUGGGAAGAAGUGUUGGAAAUAAGGCGGUUGAUGAAGAUGGAGAAUUUGAAAAAGGCGGCUGGUUGUAGUUGGAUUGAAGUUGACGGGAGGAAAAAUGUGUUUAUAGCUGGUGAUACGUCUCAUCCGUUGAGAAUUAAUAUUGUUAAUGCGUUGUGUAACUUAGAUAAACAAGUUAAGGAUCAAUUUCAGUUCUGAAUAAGUUGGUUCUAGUGGUGGCAAUAUUGACCCAUUUAGAGGUCAGACGGGUCGACCUGGAUUGUGUUUUACCACGCAACGGAUCAAUUCAGUAACUUUAUCGAAGAUUCAAACGGUACUUCUCAGGUCAAGGAUUACGCGCUUUUCUCGGUGUUGUGUCUUUCUCUGCUUUCUGAUUUACACAGUAACUGCAGAUGUCUAAUUCCGAGCUGAUAAAAAUGGCGUCAUAUAGCAUGAAAAAUACGAGACCUGAAGACUUGAAGCGUGUUGUAGAACAGUAGAAGCAUACGCAGCCAGAUGAGAUGGCUGAAGUUGGUGAGAAGAUGACAAAUGCAACCCCUGAGGAGCUAGCUUCUAUGUGUAAUCGCGCAGAGGCAAAAAUAAAUUAUCAGUUAAAUGUAGCCCAUAUGCUGAAGCAGAAGUGUUGGACUUGACAAAAGCACUUGAUUUUUCUCUAGAUGAUGAAACUAUCGCACAUGUAUUAAGAUGCAAGCCCAAGUGAAUCAGAGGUUGAUAAUGUCAACUAUGGGGCAAGGUUAUCGAAGCCUUACAUGGAGGGGGAAGGGGCGGUAACGUCAUUCCGGUCAGAUUAACUAGUACUGGCUUAUGGAAAAGUAUAGCUAAGGUGAACAGCGACUUUUGCAGCGCUGGUUUAGACCUGAAUGACCACUUGGUUCAGGAUACCUCAGGGGAGCACGACGGCGAAUGGAGAUGGAAGAGUGGCGGGCAGAUUGUGGAUUUUUCGGUCAGACAAAUCAGGGUUGAUUUGGAAGAGAUGAUGCAGCCGAGCACCCAGAUUCAACAGUUCAAAUGGAGUAAAAUCGCUGUCCCGAAGGUGAAUCUUUUUGUUUGGCGGGCUGUGAAUGAAACUAUUCCGACGGCAGUAGCAUUGGCGGAGAGGGGAGUUCAUUUAGGGGAUACGCGAUGUGGAGCCUGUGGUGUAGCGGACGAAACGGUCAGUCAUUUACUUGCCUCCUGCGUCUUCGCACGAGCAGUUUGGUGGCAAGUUUUUGUCUGGUGCAAAAUACCCAUCCCGGCGUCGUUCGAUUCCCUUAGUCAAAUUCUCUCCCACUGCUGCAGCCUUGAUGUAGACAAGAAAAAGGAACAGAUUAUGUAUGCAAUCUGUCUUAUGACCGUGUGGUGUAUAUGGAUGCAUAGGAACAAUAAGCUCUUCAACGGGAAAAACAAUUCAGUGAGUAUGGUAGUGGAAGAAAUAAAGACUGGCACUUUUUGGUGGAUGAAUAGAAGACGAAAACGUACGGACAUUGAUCAGCCUGGAAGAUUGGAACAGCUUCAGCGGUUUUAAUUUUGCUCAACUGUUGUUUUUUGUUCUUUUUUGCUUUCUGUUCUUGGGCCUUUUAGCAGCUUGCUAAAGGCUGGUUGUUUUAUUUGGGUGAAAUGAAAGUCUUCUUUAGCUAGUCAAAAAAAAUUUAUCUUACAUAUAUACGACAACAAAUUUUUGGAUGAUUUAA